UCUUACUGUUGAAAGCUAAUAAAAUACUUUAUUUUUGUAGAAAUAAAAUAUUUAAAAAUGAUUUUAAUGAAAGCAUUUGUUCUUUUUGGAAUUUUCUUAUUGAUCAAAUCUCAAAAUGUUUUUAUGCCUAAUUUGCCUUUGGGAGAGUAUCGUACGGUGUUUGAUAAAGUAUAUAAUUGUGAUUUGACAAAAAACCAAUCAAUUAAGUUUAAUUUUGGUCUUAAUAAAAAAACAUCAAGUAUAACUGAGUUGAAAGGAAAUGCAAUAUAUUUAAUACCUUUUGACGAUACUCUUACACUUGAUGUAAACCUUGCGUCUUGGAGUUUAGCUGGUGGUUGGAAACCAAAUUCACUUGUUUAUAUAACAAAGAAUGCAUGCAGUAGUCUGAAAAAAGUACUAGGACAUGCUUGGAAUUCAAUGAUCAAGGGUUUUAACAUUUCAUCUACUAGCUGUCCUAUAAUUGCGGGCACAUAUAAUGCACCAGGAAUUAAUUUGAAGGAAUUAGAAGAUCACAACUCUCCCAAAGUGUAUUUUUAUGGAAAAUAUAAACUGUUGAUUAAAAUAAAAAACGAAGAAAAAAAAGAACUCUCCUGCUUGACAAUUGAAUUGAGUCUUAUACGUCCGUGGGAAAAACCAAUUUGAUUAAAUUAUUUUAUUAUACAAAAUAGUAAAUACUUUAAUACGUUAUUGUCGUAGACAUGUAUUUUAGUAUUUAUAUUUAUGGAUAUAUUAUAACAUGCUUGAUAAAAUACGAUGUAAUAAUAAUCAUUAUAAUUUAUAC